AAUUAGCCCUUGCACCGGUUGUCAAUUCUCUUCCGCAUUUGCACAAGGCAGUUGCACAUUGUUUUUUUCAUUGAUUCAUUCACUGACAUCGUGGUUUGUUGCGUGCUCAUGCAAUUGCAUAUCCAGAAUGUCUUCUAAAACACCCGUUCGACCUCCACCACCCGUUCCGAAACCAGGUCAUGUGAAAGUAGUGAGAGCACUGUACAAGUAUGAUGCCCAACAGAAUGAUGAGCUAUCAUUUGAGGAGGGUGAGCUGCUCUACAUACAGGACAUGUCCAACAAGGACUGGUGGAAGGCGCGCUGUGGCAACAAGUCGGGGCUCAUUCCCAGCAAUUAUGUUGAAGAGAACAUGGAGACCGUGGACUGUCCAUUACACGAGGCAGCCAAGAGGGGCAAUAUAGACUUUCUCCAGGAGUGUUUGCGUAAUCAGGUCUCUGUGAAUGCGCUGGACAAAGCAGGAUCCACAGCUCUGCACUGGGCGGCACAUGGCGGUCAUGUGGAAUGCAUGAAGGCCCUGCUGGGAGUACCCAACUGUCAGGUGUCUGUGCAGAACAAGCUGGGUGACACGCCCAUCCAUUCAGCAGCGUGGAAGGGGCAUGCAGAUGCUGUGCAGAUACUCUUGGAUAAUGGUGCUGUUGUCGACCUGUACAACAAGGAAGGCAAGCUGCCGUACCAGCUGUCAAAGGAUCCCGCCACCACAGCACUGCUCAGACUGGCUGCUGGGAUGACCCGUGCUCUGUCGGGAGACUAUGGCAAUGAAGAAGAAGACUCUGACUGAUUGGUCCAUAGGAGUCACAUGACUCCAACUGAUGUGUUGAUAAGUCACAUGACUGCACUGGGGUCUCAGAUUGGUCAGAUUUGCAGAAGUUAUAAGUUUGGAUAUUAAACUAUAGACGGAAAGGAAGUUCAAGUAUUACAAUUUGUAUAUGAAAUAGAAAUAAUUCUUAUUGUUUUAUUUUCAGGAAUGCUUUUGGUAUAUAAUCCAAAAUUAUUUCAAGGAUAUACAUAAUAUAUACAUACAUAUUGUUUUGUAAAUGCAAGUUUUCAUAUCAUUAGUGGAUUAAGGCAUAGCUAUGGAACAAAAACUACAAUUUUCUUAAGUCUGUGAAUAUAGAUUAUUAUAAUAGUGCAAUAAGAACAAUUGUUUUGGUCAUUUAUUAUGACACAUUUUACAAAAACAUGAAAUUACUUUCUUGGGAAUUACAUUUUAUUAUGAAAGUUGCUGAAAGAGUUUAAAUUAACCUAGUUUUCUUUAGUAUAUUUUAAGUUUAUAUGUUUGCAAGACAUCCUUUAUGACUCUUGUGGUUUUUUCCCUCUGGGUAUGUCCACCUUGUUAACUUGAGAACUUCAAUAAAUUUAGCCUUUAUGCGAUCCGUAAGUGAACAAGAGUUGAAGACGUUUUACUAUACUAUUAAUUUAGUAUGUUUGUUUAAUUUUUUUAUAUGAACAUAUAUUUCUUAUAGUGCCACAUCCGCAGACUAUUUAAUCUAGUGUUAUUGGGAAAAGUUCCAAUAACCAAAAGAUAUAUGUAUGAGUUAUAUUUGAAAAAUGUAUCAAAAUAACCUUUAUAAUAAUAUUUAUCCAAUUUACCCCACAUUUCUUAUACAUGAUUAUGUGUAGGUAACAGUUUUUACUUCCACAUCUCAUUUUUAUUACUGAAAUACUUGGAAUCUCAUCAUUAAUAUAGCCUUGCUCUGGGAAAACAGGGCCUAAUGCAGGUGUGCAGUGUCCUCCUACAGGUGUGCUGUGUCCUCGUACAGGUGUGCAGUGUCCUACAGGUGUGCAGUGUCCUCCUAGAUUAUCUUGUGCAAUCUGGACAGGCUUAUCAGGGACAACACUGUCAUCCUAAACUGGUUUUUUCUUUAAAUGAAAACCACAAUAAAGCAAAAUGUGUUGUCUCUGUUUAGCAUGUGCAGACUUCACACAUAUGCAUUAAGCCAGGUUUUCACACAUAUGCAUUAAGCCCGGUAUUCCCAGAGUGAGGUAUAUAUAGAUUAAGAAGAUAAUCUAGACAGAAAAUAGGAGCUAUUUUAUAUUUCAGAUUCAACACACAAACUUUUCACUGAUAUAUCUAGUGCAUGGAUAAGGUCUUGUAAAACAAACUGGUGCACAGGUUACCAUAGUAUGUUGUUAAAUAUUAAAUCUUAUUAUUUUUACCUAUUUGUGGAGAUGUGUAAUUCACUCAUUUACACAAAUUAAGACACUUACUAUAUAUAUGCCUCAAAAUUAUGAAUUCUGGUUGUAUAUUCCUUACUUAUUUUAUCUAAAUUCAAUGCUUGCUAGUUGUAAAUUUUAAUAAGUACAUAUAAAUCUACAACAAAUUUACAUCAAAUGUUCAGUCUUAAGCAGUAAUGUAUUGUCUUUUUUUGCACCAAGGAUGUAUUGCCAACUUAGUGUGUUUGUUUCAGUUUAGUUUUACAUAUUUAAAGUUACAUUAAUUAUUUCCCAACAAAUUUAAUAUUGCAUCCCACCUAUAUUUCCCUUGCUAAAAAUAUAUAUUAUGUAGGAGUUAAAUUGAUCUUGUUUGUUAAGGUUCCUCAUAAAUGUGAUAAAUGUUGAUUUGUUGUUAAAUUCUAUUGUUGUUAUGGUAAUUUUUAAUAUCCAUGUUAUACAAAGGCCCUAGGUUGAUCAACCAAGAUAGUUUAGAGAUUUUCAGUCGUUGUGCUAGAUAAGUUUUCUUCAAUCGUGUAACAACUGGAGCUUUACCAUUUAACCCAACGAGUAUGACUUCAAAAAAUUAUGUAGUGACCUACAUGGGUUAUGGACCAAAAUGAUUUUAAUAUCUUUGCACGAGGGUCACCCAAGGGUCAUUGCUUUUAAGUUAAUUAAAAUCUGCUAAGCAGUUCAGGAGGUCAUUGGAAGAAAAGUCAAGUACAGGCGCACUCACACAUGGACUUAUAGACAACAGACACUGUAUGCUUAAAGCUCAUUAUAAAUAUGUUCUCAGGUGAGCUCAUUAAAGUGUAUCUUUUCUAUAAAUAAAUACAUACCGCUUAUAUUGUUUGACAAAGAUUGUUUCAUGGCAGUGGCUUUCAAUGGGGAACAUACAACACUGUAAGCAAUAGCAAUAAUAAAUAACACUUGCCUUGAAUACUCCACCACAACAUCUGUCAGGGAAUACUUUCAUUAACAAACAAUUUUUGUUUUCUUAUUUGCAUUUCUUAGCAUAAAAGGUAACAGUUCCCAACAAAAGUAGCCUAAAUUAGAAAAGUAUUAUAUACUGUUUUGUAAUCUGGUUUAUGGUCUCUGCUUCAAACAACAUGCUUAAUUGUCAGUUUAUUAAGUAGUUGACAUUACACCAUUUGUUAUUAUAACAUUCCUGUAAAUAUGUACUAUUGCAUGUUACAAUGAUUGCUUUUGAAUUCUAUUUAUAUUACAGAAUUAUAAUAAAGUGAUACAUUUUUUA